UUGUAUAAAGAGGCGAUGGCCCAGCCCAAAAGCAUCAGUGAUAGAAUCGUCUUCGGUCAAGUUCGGCGGUCAGAGCGAUUGAUUAGAAUCUUCGAAGUCGUUCUUCGUGUGGUUUCUUUCACGUCAUACCCCUACGGCGUCUAUUUUGCCAGCUUCGCAAUGAUGAAGUUAUACGUUUUGUGCGCCCUCGUCGCUUUGGCAGCUGCCCAACCGGCCAAAACAGACUUCUGGAGAGGCACGAGCAUGGACACAAUGGUCGAUCAAAUGAAAACCGACUGCGCCCAGAAGAACGACGAGAUAUCUUGCAUGAAGUUCAAGGUCCUCAAUCUCCUCGAUCAGAUCUUCCGCAAAGACAGCUUCAAGGUAUCAGAGACGGUCGAGGUGACUCGCAACUCGUACCCGGUCGAAGAAGUCUCCGCUCGCGGCGAAGGAUCCUUUUUGGAAACGGUCCAGUCCUACCUGGCCUCCCACGACGUCACUUUCAAAUUGCCCUUCGAAUCCUCGGUGAAGGUCAGCCCGCGCAACAUCGACGACGACGAGCUCACGUUCAACGUGAAAUUCGGCGAAGGUCGCGCCGUCCAGGAAGCUCGUAAAUCGAAAUUGAAGAAAGUCAUCAUCCCGAUCCUUGUUUUCGUUCUAUUGAAGGCGAUGACUUUAAUUCCGUUGGCUAUCGGCGUCCUUGGCCUGAAAGCCUGGAACGCUCUUCAGCUUUCUUUCUUCAGCUUUGUUGUUUCCGUCGGUCUGGCGAUCUUCCAACUCUGCAAGAAAAUCGCCGCCGACAGUCACGCCGCUCCCCUAGCAGCGCAUGGCCCCUGGGAGUACCAAGCGGCGCAAUACCGCGCUUUCGACCAGCCCGAAAUUGUCCAACAGGAGUCCGCGCAGGAUCUCGCCUACGCCGGAUACAGUAAACAGUGAUGAAUCGAACUCGACGAAUGUCAUCGACGCAACGAACCAUCGGUACAAUUAUAAUUGUACCAAACGAACGCACUAGUACCCAAAGACGAAAAAAAAAACAUUACUAUACUUUUGUAAAAUAUUUUUCUACAUACGAUAAUAUCGCUAUUUAAUAAAUUAUUCUCGCAAA